AUGGCUGCCAAAGAGACGUGUCCAGAGGUGUCGGUGUUUUGGGUCUAUGCGAGCAUCGCCGAGCGCUUCCGCCAGUCCUUCAACACGAUUGCGCAGGAUUGCAAGAUUCCAGGGUAUGACAACCCAAAGACAGAUGUGUUACUGCUGGUGAAGAGAUGGCUAGAAAAGAAGGACUGUGGGCGGUGGCUCUUGGUCAUUGACAAUACCGACGACAUGGAGCUCUUUUUCAAUCCGCGGGGGAAUAAGACGAGAACGUUCCUGCUCAAGGCGGCGAACCGAGUCUUUACGGAGCGGCCGCUGUCGCAAGUCGAGGUGAUCGCGCACCUCCUAGGGUACCCGGCGGAGUUUAGCAGCGGCUCGGCGUGGGCGUACGUGAACGCGAACCAGCUCUACUGGGCCGUCUUCCGCCGGUGGCGGCACCUCCGACGGGCGAGCGGCGCGGAGGCGACGGGCGACGCGCCGGACGAGACGGUCGUCGUCGAGGAGGCCGGCCCGAGGAUCCCUCUCGUCGAGGCCUACUGGCAUAGGGGCGAGCUCCUACGGGGCCUCUGCCUUUAUGACUACGCAUCGCUCGUAAGGCUAAAGCGAAACGGCAGCGGCUCCAACUCGCCUAGGGCGGCGGUACAGCACCUGGCCCUAUUCGUGCCGUGGGAGUCCUUCCUCGGCGAGGAGGCAGGCGACAUCAACGACAUCUGGGCGCGGGCGCGGGGGUCGCUGGCGCCGAGGGUCGCGCGGCUCGCAGACAAUGUGCAGCUCCUCCGGCGGUCGGCGGAGGACGCGAAGCGCGACGCCAAGCAGUGGGCCGCCACGGCCGAGGAGGGCGGUAUGACGGCGCCGCAGGCCGGCGAUGAAGGCAGGGGGGGGGCCAAGGGGGGCGGGGAGGCGUACCGCGCCGGCGGGGCGGGCGACGCGGCGCGGCUCAUCGACGUCGUCCGGAACGCCGCCGGCGCGGGACAAGUCACGGCGCAGUCAACAGAGCUGCUAGCGAUGACGCAGCAGCUCUGCCGGUUCCAGCAGUCGGCGCUCGGGUCGGCGGCCGAGCUCGCGGCGACGGUAGUGGCGGAGGAGAGGGCAGGCAGGCGGGUGAACCUACCGGGCUCGGAGCUCUCGGGGGCGGCGCUGCCACGGCAAGAAGAGGUGCGGGCCAUUAAGUCGCAGGAGCUAGCGGGGCAGCUCACGCUCAACGAGAAGCAGGCCAUCGCCCUCCUAAUCGUGUGUCGGCAGCUCGACCGAAUCCGGCGGGGCGACGAAGCAGGCGGCGACGGCGGCGCUCAGCUCUGCCUGUUCAUCGGCGGCGAGGGCGGCACCGGCAUGUCGCGCGUCAUUGAGGCGCUCGUCGAGCUGCUCGCCCGGAGGGACCUAUCGAGCCGGCUGCUGGUUACGGCGACGUCGGGGACGGCGGCAGCACGGAUCAACAGCAUCACACUACACUCGGCCUGUGGCCUUACGAAAUAA